GACAAACUAUCGAUAGUUCUUGCCUAUUUGAACACAUCACUAUUACGGAAUUGCAUUCUUGGCAAAGCAAUAUAAACAAACUCGAUUCCGGCACGAUGGGCGAUGAGGAGGACGUGGAUUUCAGGCUUAAUCACCACCAGGUGCUGGCCGAAAUAUCAGACCUACUGCAGAGCACCGCCGAGCCAGGUGGUGCCAACGCACUGCUGCUAAACCAGGAGAUGCAGCGCCGCUUGAAGCAAGUCCGGAGAAAGAUCUUGGAACUUCUGCAAAUUGUAAAGGCACGAUAUGCCCGGAAUGAGGAUAUCUUGGUGCGGCGCUUGAAGUCGCGCUCACAUUUUGGCUCGGAGACACUCAACACUAGCGGAGCGAUCCUGCGUAAGGGUACCUUCCUUUUCAAGGGAAACCUCUACUUCCGAGACGUUGACGGUCGUAGCUGUCCGAAUAACGAUGACUAUGAGACGCGCUGCCACACGGAAAUGUUUCCCAGCGACUUUGAUAUGCGGUCCCGGCAUGUAUGGACAUUAAAGGAUAAGAAGAACGUGAUCAUGGGCAUUAAACAACAAUUGUUGGAUCACAGUAACAACAGGAUAGCUGAACAACCCAGCAGCAGUCGGAAGCGGAAGCCUGUUGAGCGACACGUUAUAACACUGGUAAAUCUUUUGACCCAAGCCGACAGCAGCUUCAGCAUCGAUUGGAAUCAAAUUAGCACACUGGACGUUGAGUAUCGGCAUUCCCCCUUCAGUUGCGAGGCCAUGUGGAGCGUCUAUCUAAGGCCGGAUCUCAGACGCGACGAUUGGUCGCCGGAAGAGGAUGAGUCUCUGAUAUCGGCGGUCACGGCGAAUCGAAUGCAGAAUUGGGCGCUUAUAGCCGAUAUGCUGGACCGGCGGUCGGACUACCAGUGCUUCGUCCGCUUCCACAGCGCCCUGCGUCAUAAUGUUGAGUCGAAGGGAGUCCUUCGCUGGACCGAUCAGGAAAACGAGCGACUUCGAAUGCAGGUCGAGCGAAACACGUCGAAUAACAUUAUUAACUGGCAGAAUGUGGCAGAGUAUUUUCCGGGCAGGUCCAAGUCAACGCUUAUUGGCCGUUACUUUUAUGUUUUGCAUCCUAGCAUCAGUCACGAACCCUUUACCACCAAAGAGGACAUGAUGCUGUUUGCCGCCGUGGAAGAGUACAAUGGUAAGUUCCACUGUUUCCCGCGUACCUUAUUCCCGAACCGAUCCUUGGCACAACUGCGGACGCGCUACCACAACGUGCUGGCGCAACGCAACAAGACCGAUUCCUGGUCAGUGCGGGACGAUACACGCCUGAUGGCCUUUGUCACUGAACAUGGACCCUCGCAGUGGGUGAAAUGCGCCACAUUUCUGGGCAACCAUUCGCGUACCAGCUGUCGUACCCGAUUCAUGGUCAUCAAGCAAUUUCUCGAACGGAACCCCUCGGCAACGGUCGAGGAUUUACCUCGUCGAAAGUCAAAGAAGGUAUCGGUGGUCACGUCUGAUAACUGGGCCCAGCGUUUGGAGGAAUGGCAAAAGGAUCCGGCAUCCUUAGUAGCUGCUGCUGAUGAAAAGAGAAAGUUGUCACGCUUGCGGAAGCCAAAAUCAAAAAGGCCCAGAGUCGAGUUAGAUAUUGAUGCUAGGAUGGCUAAGAUCGACUUGGACUUCCGCGACUUUCUUAAAUACGCUUACAAUCUGGCAAUUACACAACCGGCUGUCUUUUCGCUACCACAAGACUCCAAAAAUUUUGUCUAUGUGGCGAGGGCUCUUGCUUAUAAACCACCGAAGCUUCCUGUAACAAUACAAAGUUGCGUAUUGCCGAAGGAACUGAUCAAGAGCUACAACAUCAUGAUGAAGAAUCUGCCGGAUGAUGGUGUUAAUGAUGCGCAGAGCCCCCUCCUGCCUCCCAGCUUCUCCACAAUGAUGGGAUUUCGUAGCAUUUGCAUUCUCUCUGGCGAAGGACGCAAGCAGGACUCGGACUCGGAAUCGCAGGCGUACGACGAUUAUGAUGAAUCCUCACCAGCUAUCCAGCUUUUCCGUAUGCGGUUGCGGGCUCUCUUCUACCGAACGACUCUGCUUAGCCGACUGGAGUCAACCCUGUUCACAAAUCUGCCCUCCGCCUUGACGAAAUGUCCACGUCCAGCUACAAAUUACAUCCAACUGGGAAGCAUUUUAACCGAAGGCGAGUCGAGGAGCUGCCUCAAAUCGGAACCGCUCAGCGAGGACGAGAUAAUGAGCACCACUGUCAAGCAGGAAAUGGAGGUAGAUUACAUAAUUCCUUAAAAGUAUAACUUAAAAUAAGCUUUAUAAGUUUUAUUAUUCUUUACUGUAUAUUAUUGCGUUAUUGUAUAAUAAUUCAUUACAAUAGCUAACAAAUAAUUUAUAAACUUGUAGGUACUUUCAUUGUGUUUCACAUAUAUUUAGCAUAAUUAUACGCCGGACAGCAUGAGUUCCUCACCAAUAAGUGCAUCGGGGUUGGCUCGAGUUUGUUGAUGCAAGCAAACGUAAUCUUUAGAUAAUAUUAUAAACAAUUAAGCUUUCCACUCUAAACGUUUUUGUAUACGAUCAAAAGAAAUAAAAGAAUUAAAUAUUUAUAAUCACAUUUAAUUAUACAACAAAAGUCAUGGUGUUUUUUUUAAAUAUUGGGAAAUUUGCUGUACAUUUAGAGCCUGCAAAACUGCUUAAAAUUGUCCAAAGAUUAAAUUCUACUUCCGAACAACAUUCA